AUGUCAACUUCUUUAAAAUGUAAACCCCAGCAUAUCUAUUUGUUUACUAUGUGCCUCGAUGUGGAUGGUUUAAAUAAUCAGCAUUCAUCUGUGAUUCACGAAGAAAUGUGUGAAGAAGUUAAGUUUUUAUUUAUCUUCAACGAUGAUCACAUAAAAGUACCCGUUUCGUUCCAGACGAAUACUAAAUAUAACUAUUAUGAAACAACUUCUACAUCCACUUGGAUACCUAGCAUUGAAGUAGAAACAGAAACUCAAAAGAUUCUAAGCCAUCCAUAA